ACUAUCUUCCCAACGGGUCCCCUGGUGCUGCGAACCCACGACGCGAGUCCCCAGCCCCAAGACGAGGCGCUGUGCCCGAUGCCCUUCUCCCGAGGUGUGCACCAGGGGAGCGUGUCCCGACUCCUGGCCGACGUAAACGCUUCCGUGGGCGACUUCGACCGACUCGUGGCACCCAGGCUCAUGUUCAGCGUCACCUUCGCUACCUCCAGCUACUUGCUCGAGGAUGCCAAUCUACCCCAGGAAGGUUCUCCGGCACUGCGACUGAAUGGCGAAGAGGCGACGUACGCAGACGUGUGCGAGCAGGCCCUCAAGCUGGGCUACGGGCACUUCAUGUCCCCGCGGGGCGACUGCAUGGUGGUCCACAAGGAGCGGCUCUGGCACUCGGGCUUCGGGCCCACCUCCACCAGAAUCUUCGGCCCCACGGCGCGCUUCGCCGGGGCCGUGGUCUUCGCGAUGCACGGCGACGACCGGACGGGACGCUGCGGGGGCCACCCGCACACACUGCUCGUCCACGUCGCCAGUGCGCUCCGCCGUACACAGUGAAGGCCAGCUGGUUGCACCGGGGCCGCAGUGCUGGAGUUUCUACGUCACGUACCGGAGUCCAAAAUUAUAGAAUGCGCCAGAAGCCUCGCCUUCAGAGUGAGCUUUCUAUAACUGUCGAGACCGAUUAUAAGGAAGUCAACGGAAAUCGGAAAUCUCUUCGCUAUAUCCGCUAUUUCGUUAUAAUCGAUUUCGGUUAUAACGAAGCGCA